UAUAAUUGUCUGGGGCAUUCUGGGAGUUGUAAGCUAAAGCAUCAAGUGUUGCCAUCUUAAUCUAGUCUAAUGCUACGUUAUUCCUGAUUGGUGAGCAGCUGGGCUUAAUUGUGAUUAAUUGCCCUGCAAGGUAGACCCUAGGGGACCCUUAUGCCCAUGUUCCAGAACAGGAGACUAAGAGUGAGAAAGUGACUUGAGAGUUGGAUCUGGCCAUCCUAUCUCUGCCCCAUGGCCACUAGACCCACAUAUCUAUCCAUCCAUCCAUCCAUCCAUCCAAUCCAGGGAUAGACAGUAUUAGUCCACAAUUUUGUUUGGGCCUAGCCUGUAUAGCCAUUGGUGAGGUAUGAUGGGAAAUAUAAGCCAAAGCAUCAGGAGGCUCACAUGUUGUUGGAAAAAAGUACAACAGAAUCUGCGAAGGGAGGAUAUUGACAAACUAGAACAGGGGAGAGUGGCAAGGUUGGUGGAGGAUCAAGUUCUAUAAGGAAGGAGCUAGGAUCUUUAGCUCGAGAAAGAGUUGAUUAUAGGGUGAUACAACCAGCUUCAAAUAUUUGAAAGACUUUCACCUAGCAGAAGGGAGCAAAAUUGGUUUCUGUUGUCCCCAAAGGUAGGAAGUAAAUCAGCAAGUUCAAAUAGCAAGAAAAAGAACUUCAAUUAGGAAGAAAGUCUUGUGAACUCUGAAUAAGCUGCCUUUAUUUCUUCCAGUAAAGGAACACAAGGAGGUCACUGCCUAAGACCCUCCGUGGCUCAGCCUUAUUUGUUGUAGGGAACAAGGAGUGCCCAUUCAAUGUGAUCUGCAAUCUUCACGAACUGAUCAUUGUCCAAUAUCUUCUGGACACCUGUGGUUGAGAGAAGCUGCUGGAUAUCCACUUGUCAGCCUUAUUCAGCGUUUGAUGUCCUGCUUGGGAUGCCUUCAUUCACUGAGAUGCUGCUAUGGCUGCUACUGUGAAUUUGGAACUUGAUCCCAUAUUCUUGAAAGCUCUGGGGUUUCUGCACUCAAAGAGCAAAGAUUCGGCUGAAAAACUAAGAGCACUGCUUGAUGAAUCUUUAUCUAGAGGGAUUGACUCAAGCUAUCGUCCAUCACCAAAGCUUGAUUCAAAGCAUGUUUACUCAGAGGAAGUAGAUCAGCCCAAAGUAUCUAUAGCAAAGCCAGUUUCUGUUAAGCAAGAGCCCAAGGCUUCUUCGGGCCUUCCUACAGGUGGCAAUAAUGGCAAACCUAUUACAGCCGAAAAGGUGAAAAAAGAGGUGGAAAAAAGAUCUGAUAAAAUAAAGUUGGAAAUCAGUGAAGGAGUUGACAUUCCGAAGAAACCAAGACUAGAAAAGCCAGAGGCUCGUUCUUCUCCAAUCACAGUGCAGACUAGCAAGGAUUUGGCCCUGACAGACCUUUCUAGUUUUGAAGAAACCAGUGCUGAUGAUUUUGCCAUGGAAAUGGGCUUGGCUUGUGUUGUUUGCCGGCAAAUGACAGUUACUUCUGGGAAUCAAUUGGUAGAGUGCCAGGAAUGUCAUAACCUCUACCACCAAGACUGCCACAAGCCUCAAGUAACAGACAAGGAAGUGAAUGAUCCCCGUUUAGUGUGGUAUUGUGCCCGAUGUACCAGGCAAAUGAAAAAAAUGGCUCAGAAAACACAGAAGCCUUCCCAGAAACCUGGCCCAGCUGUAGUUUCAGUAGCUCCAGCUGUGAAAGAUCCACUGAUAAAGAAACCAGAUAUUAAACUAAAGUUGGAGACCACAUCAGCCUUCUUAGCAUUUAAGAGGACUGAAGUCAAGACUUCAGCAACUGUUUCUGGUAACUCUGCAAGCACCAGUGUUUCCUCCUCUUCCACCAGUGGCCUUACAGGGUGGGCAGCAUUUGCAGCGAAAACAUCCUCUGCAGGCCCGUCCACAGCCAAGAUGGGAUCCACCACGCAGAGCACCAGCAGCAAACCUGCUGCUGCCUCAAGCAGUCAGAAAUCUGUGGGCUUGUCGGGGUUGGCAACAGCUAAAGCAGGCCUCGGGUCAAAAAUAGCAUCUCCGAGCAAUAGCACGAGCCCCGUUCAGUUGAAGACCCUGCCGCCUCUGCCCCUGGGGAAAACGAGUCUUUCUCGUUCGGUUAGCAGUGACAAUGUGAGCAAAGCAGGACUUCCUAGUCCAGGCGGUUCAGCUCCAGGCAGUAGCCAGUCUGCCGGUGGGAAUGGAAGUGGUGGAACAACAGGCAGCAGCGGGAGCAGCACCAGUAAAUCGAGCGCAGAAUCUGGCAAUCAGUCCCCGUCUUUGAAAGGCCCUACUUCUCAAGAAUCACAGCUCAAUGCUAUGAAAAGGUUACAGAUGGUCAAGAAGAAGGCUGCUCAAAAGAAAUUAAAGAAGUAAUACAGCUAGCGCAAAACAGAAUCGAAUAAACCUUUUUGUCUUCAAAACACAAAUCUUUAAACCCUAGCUGCAGUUGAACAAAACCUAAUAAAAUUAUAUAAUUAACUUA